CGUAGAUUGAUACGAAACAGAAACAUACAUAACUUAGCUAACGCUGGCUGGCAGGGAGAAAGUGCUGUUGAAAUCUAGACAACGCUUUAUAGGCCGCAUGCAGGAUGAGCUCCAGGGACUUUAUAACUGUGAAAGUGGAAGACGAUGACGAUGAACCUGUGAUCAUUGAGAGCAGUUCAUUGGGCGGUAGUCAAACUGGCCUUAAAAUGCAGACUAUGCUGGAACGUGAUUCACAAGCAACUGAAGAGCACCAUUACCUUUCUCAGAUAUCCUAUGAGGGUGAAGAUUUAUCAUCAAGCAUUCAAACUGAUAAUAGCACUGAUGAAAUGGACUAUGGCCUUCCUCACAAAAGGAGAAGAGUUCCAUCUAUGUUGGAAAACAACACAAUGGGGAAUCAAGCCCAGGAAUUUGACAACGGUGGCAAUGUACCAUACGACUAUGAUGUGGAGUAUGAUGGUCAGGCAAGUGUCAUGUCUGAAGGUUCUUACAUGGGAGAUCAGCGUAGAAUACUCACAGAAGUCCUCAACUAUUGCCAGGCAAUGUAUGACACCAUUCAAAAAUUGGAUAAGAAAUUUGAUGUACUUCAAAGAAAAGUUUCUGAGAUGCACCAUGCCCGGAUGAGACCACACAUAAAACCUCGGCCACUUGGCAUUCCAUACAGAAACUCACUUCCAUUAAAUCAAGGAAAAAUAAAGCUACAAAAGCUAAAUGAAAGAACUCCCAGCUUGCACAUGCCACCACCUCCACAGGGACCUCACAACCCUCUAUUAGGUAUAAGACGAAUAAGCAACCUACAGAUCCAACCAUCAUCCACAAUUAAAGCUGUUCCUUCAGUGCCUCCUAAACCAGAUCUUCAGAGGAGAAGUCCCCCCUUGCCCACAAUUAUAUCGACACAUUCCUUGCAGCCCUCUUUUACUUUGUCAAGUUCAAAAAAUGUAGACCAGAAUCUCUCACAAACUGUUGUGGAAGCCAUGCCUGAAAGUACAUGCAGUGUUUCAUCACCAAGUACAAGUACAUCUUUAGCACCCGCCAUAAGACCAACAUCCUCAGAAGCUAGCAUUGUAAUAAGCGAAGAGCAACCCUCAUCUUCAGUUCCAACUAAUCCUGGAUAUGAAUUCCUUGGCAACCCAAGUAGGAAUAUCAAAAUUCCCGGAACUUUAUUAAUAAAAGCAAGACAAAAGACAAAACCAAAGUAUGCAGCGCGUUACUUGAUCCGUGUCUUGUUCCCUAAAGAAGUACUCGUCUGCAGCAGCAUGGGAAAAAAUUCACAGGGACUGAGAGUGCUUGAUAUCGGCAAGGUCACUGCACUAAGAGAAUUCCUAGAAUCUGCAUUCCCAGCCUUUGAUCUUGGUGAAUAUGGCAAGGACUGGAAGACCUGUGUCACUUAUGUUAAUACUAUGAUUCGCUGUUUACGAUGUGAAGCCAGAAAUCAGGCCAAAAAUUUUGCUAAGCAGGCAGCUACUCAGGAUCCAGAAGACUCUAUUUGUGUGGAUUCUGAUGCCAAUGAGGAGGAUGAGGAGGAUGUAUUACCCGUGGAAACAUCUCCAGUAACACAGAACACUGCCAGCUCAACAACUGCUAAGCUACUGAACUCACAGAAGGAUAAUAAAGAAACAGAACCACCAUUAGCAAAAACACCAGAAAAACAGUCACAGUCAGACCCUAUGGAAUUUUUGGGUGAAAGCUGGAGAAAUGUGAAAUUGCCAUUUUCCGUUAUAUAUAUUGGAAAAGGAAAAAUUCGUCCAGAGCUAUCUGCUAGGUACCUUAUAAGACACCUUUUUACAGAGGAUGUACUGGUUAAAAGUAAUGUCUAUGGAAAUCUGGAACGUGGAAUAGUGCCACUAGACUGCAACAAGAUCAGUGCUUUAAGAGACUUUCUUCAGAAAACCUAUCCAUCGUUUGAUUUGAAGGAAUCUGGAUAUGAUUGGAAGGCAUGUGUUGCAGCAAUUAACAGUACCAUUCGUAGCCUCCGCCACGACCAGAAAAAAGGCAUAACACAACCACGAAAUAAAAUUCCAAAUAGGCAGCAAAGUUCUUCAGAACAAGUAUUACAACAUAUAAAGAUGGUAUCAUCAACCAAGCAGAAUGAAGAGCAUGGUUCUUGAGAAGAACCGUUUUG